CUGGCAGCCUUCGCUUUCCUAGUGAGAGUGGGACAAGAACUUGAAGUGGGCUGAUUUGUUGACAAGGAUUUAUUGAUCGGAGAUCGUCGGCUGCUUUUAUACCCUCCCUCAGCACAUUAGAUACAUCACGGCUCACUCGCAUCGGAACAAGUAGUCCCUCCACCAUUUGCCAUGGCCCGGGCUUCCUCUCACGGAGACGACGAUGUCUUCGAGGGGUUGUUCAAAAAAGAGGCAGGCUCCAUAGAGCAACGAGCAGCGCCAGAAAGGACACACCUCCACGAAAAUGAAUCCGAACAUCGGAUAGCUCAACUGCUCUCCCACAAUCAAACCCUACCCGUUACCCUUUCUUCCAUCCAGAUUCAUGGCGCUAAAAACACGCGCAAGUCAUUCCUCAAUCCCCUCUUCCAGCCCCUGGUAGAGGAUAGCCGCAAUGUCAACUACACCUUGAGCGACCUUUUAAAUGAGGUCGGAGGCGCAGUUUCGAAGCUGCAGAAAUUUGAUAUUUUUCAUCCUGAUAUCAUUGUGCACCUCUCUCAACCGCCGCAGCUCGACCCCUCCACCUCGCCGACGGAUCUAGAUGUCUCCCUUCGAGUCCGGGAGAAGUCUCGGUUUAUGUUGAAGACAGGCACAGACUUGGGCAAUACAGAAGGUUCCGCUUAUGGAACAAUGCUCGUGAGAAACGUCUUCGGCGGUGCUGAGUUCUUGUCUGUGAAUGCCUCUGCAGGCACGAGAACGCGAUCAGCGUACAGUGCUGAUUUCUCUACCCCAAUAGAUGGCAACCCCAAUUUGAGACUUAGCUUGGACGGACUAGCCAGCAGUACCCUCAAGCCAUGGGCAAGCCACGAGGAGCUUUUAAAGGGGGGUGGAAUCAGGGUGAACUGGGCAAAGGAGAAUGGCGAUCGCCUCCAAGUUGGCUAUUCCAAUACAUGGAGACAAAUUACUGGCUUAGCCGCCACGGCGAGCCCUACGGUACGUGGAGACGCUGGGGAUUCAGUCAAGAGUGCCAUCACAUGCCUCUUUCAACGGGAACGGAGGGAUAACCCAAUGCUCCCCCAAAGCGGUUACAUGGUGAAAACUACAAGUGAGCUUGCGGGGUGGGGUUUCCUAAAGGGAGAUGUUGGAUUUUCAAAGAGUGAAAUGGAGAUCGCAAGUGCUGUGCCCAUUCCAAUACCGGGAUUGAAACGGCCUUCUGGUGUUUCAAUUGGUUGUGGACUCCGAGCUGGCUUGCUUUACCCACUGCCUCUGUCUUUCGGCUUUGGUGGGGCUUCUCCUAGCCGUCUUAACGAUCGGUUCACUCUCGGUGGUCCUACCGACGUCCGUGGCUUCUCUUUAGGAGGCCUAGGCCCAAGAGAUGGCGCAGAUGCUCUUGGGGGAGACCUCUUCGCUGCCGGUAGUGUCAACAUGCUUAUUCCGUUGCCCAAGACCGGCCCUGAAUCUCCCUUUCGACUUCAGCUCUUUGCAAAUGGCGGCAGAUCGGUCGCGAUGAGAAACAAGACAAAGAGCAACGACACAGCAUCUGGGCAGCGAAUGACCGCUAGCACGGUUCUAAACCAAAUGCUAUCAGCUACAAAAGAGGUCGGCAAUGGUUUGCCCAGCAUUGCCGCAGGUGUAGGCCUAGUUUACGCACAUCCAGUUGCAAGGCUCGAACUCAAUUUCAGUCUGCCUCUUGUCACGCGACAAGGCGAAGAGAGUAGAAAAGGAUUGCAAGUUGGUGUUGGCAUCAACUUCUUAUAACGCGACCCCUACAUUUGAAACUACUUUGUGUAGUUUCCCCCCAUAGUUGCGUAUUAAAACAUUGAUACUCUGUAUAUAGAUGGUUGUACCGUACGAUAAAUCAUAUAUAGAACCGUGAAGAUCUCCACCUUCAAGUAUUCGAACAAGACUAAAUGACCAUUUCUAGAAUCCAGAGUCAGUUUAUAGAAGGUAUUGUGUCG